AUGAAGCAAAGCAUAUAGAAAGAGACUGAGCUUCUCAAGAAUAAAUUAUCUUCCUACUUAAAGGAUUUCUAAAAAAUAACAGAUUGGCCAUCUGUUAAUAAUUGGCUUUUAAAGCUAGAACAAGCUUUCAAAGAUCAUCCUACUCCAUACUUAGAAGAUAAAUUAGUUUUAGCCAAAAGAUUAAGCUAAUGUCUAAAUCAUAAUUUACCUGUAGGCACUCAUAAAUCAACUUUAACAGUUUAUAAAUUGAUUUUUAAUAAUCUCAAACUUAUCCAUGAUAUUGAUGAUUCUCCUGAUUCUGUAAAAAAACACAUAUCUAAAAAUCUCCAUAUAUUUAGCUUAGGGUUAUUUCCCUUUUUUUCUGGUGCAUCAGCUCAAUUGAAGCCAGAUAUUUUAGAUAUAAUAGAAACUCACUUUUGCCCAUUAGAAAUGGAUUUAAUUCCUUGCUCCGUCGGAUUAAUUGUUAGUAUUUUACCAGGUGUAGUUGAGAAUAAUGAAGAAAUUUAGCGCAAAACAUUUUAGAUAUUUGAGUAAUUGUAAGUUAAGAUAGGUAAGAAAUAUUUAUACGGGGCUUUAUGGCUGAGCAUUUUAAGGUUACCAAGGACGAGAGUAGCAGCAUAUACUUGCUUGUCAAAGUUAUUUAAAAAAAAUGAUUAAUAAAAUCUUGCUUCUAUUGAUAUCGAACCUCAUAUAAUUAAAAAAUUGCAAUAAAGUAACUAAUUUACACAAGAAGAAGUUUUUUUCUCACAAACUGAGGAAACUACAGAAAAUUAUUCCCCAUUUAUAAAAGUGUAUGAAUAGCAAAGAAACUUAGAUUUAGGUGUAAGGAAUAUUGAAGAUUAGCAUUUAGAAGAAGAUCAUAUAUUCAAUGAAUAAGAGGUUAUGCUUCAAAAUAUAAACGAAGUUAAAAACUAAGACGAUUUCAAUGCAAGGUUUCCAAAUAAAAGCGCUUUAAUAUUAAAUGCACUUGUUUAGACACUCGAAGAUGAAAAUAACUAAACGAAAAAAUUUGGUUUAGAUUUUCUUUUAAACUAUUUUCCUAUCUUAGGAGAUUCAUUAAGCGAGUCUGAUAAAUUGGUUUUAACACAAUGCGUGUUAUAUCUAUUUUUAAAAAAUGAGUAUUCUAUAGUGUGGAAAUGUCAUUAGUGGCUUUUUGGUGAAGCUGAUAUAAAUAGUAAUUUUUAGAUUGGAGAACAUAACAGAGUGGUAAAUGAUUACUUUAUAAAAAAUGCUAUAAUAAAUAUAUUUGAUCACAGUCACUCAGAUUUGAAUGCUCCAAUAAAGAUAAUUCAAACAUUUUAUAUGAAAAACAAUCACAUGAUUGCAGACUCUCUCAAAACUAUUAGUUUUUAUUUGAUAAAAUACAUAAAAUAGCAUUUUGAAAAUUAAGAAGUAUAAAAGAGCUCGUUGAGAUUGUUUGAAUGUGUUUAUAAUUACUUUGAUGUUAUUUUCUCAAGUUUGUGUGAUCAUUAUGAUGAAUUAAUUAAAUAAAACUUGGAGAAUUAAUUAAGAAAAGAUUUUUACUUUAAUGAAAAAGUUUAUACACUUGAAUUGAUAGAAUUUACUUUUAUUAAAAUGUUUGUUUAUCACUCUGAAAUGGAGUUUUCAGAAUUAAGCAAAACAAUUUAACCUCUUAUAUCAAGGCUAAUUUCAUAUCUAUCUGAUGAAGUUAGCAACGUAAUAGAUGAUUAGCAUUCAAUUCUGCUCAGAUGUAUUUUUUAACUUACUGAAUAUUUAAGAAAAAUAUUAGAAGAAUUGGAAAAGAGUGGGAGUGAUAUUAAAUUGCUUCAGAUGGAUGAGACUUAUGAAUUUUAUGUUUAGACAUUUGAAAAAUACUAUUUAAGGUUGUGUUAUCUUUUAACAGAAACUUUAAACGAGGAAAAAUUAUAAAAAAAGCAAAAUAAAACAAAUUAAAUUGAGCUAUUGAUAGAUCCUAUGGAUUCUAAGCUUCAUUCACAAAAUUCAGGAAACUAAUAGCAGUAAAGUUAAUAAAACUAGCUUUAAUAGCAAGCUUCGAAUAGAUUAAGCGAUUAGUCACGUAAGGAAAUAGAAGAUUAAGCAGAAAAUACCCAAAAAAGGUAUGAGGAGUGUCUUUAUAACAUGUUUGACUAAUCUUCUAAAAUUAUUUUAAGUCUGCAUAAACUCUACUUGGGGUAUUACAAUUGGCAAAUAAAAUUUGACAGUGCACCUGAAUGGAUUAAAAAGAUAUAUUUAAUUAUAGAAAUAAGCAAGUAAUAUUUCCCAAAGAUUGAGCUUUUUUGCAUAGACAGCCUUAUAGAAAUAGUCACUUAUAAAUGCAAACAUUAAGAUAGAUUUAAUCUUUUAUAGUGUUUUGUAGAAGAAGACUCGAAAAUUACAUAAAUUACUAAAAUUCUUUGGUCCAACCUUGAAUUAUCUAAUCAACAAAAGAGAAUCAUUGACUAUCUUGUAAUUCUAAUGAAUAAAUUUCCUAAACUAUUUACAAAUGUUGUUGAAUCUUCUUUUAAGCAAAAUAAUAGCCUUAAGUUAUAAUCAGCGAUGAAAGGAUUUAUGACUUUCUAUAGAAUGACAAAUAAUUACAUAACCAAAAAUAGCUCAAGCAAUUUGGGUUGUGGUUUAUUUUAGAUGCUAGAUCUCUUAUCAAAUAAAAAUCCAAUAUUGAGAAAUGUUGUGAAAACAUUUUUGAUGGAAAAUACAGCUUUAUUAUUUAGGGUACUUGAUCCGUUUUUGAUCGAGCUUUUGGAGUGUUAGCAUAACUGCCGAGUAUAAUAUAAGUAUUCGAAUUUGUUUAUUUAUGAAGAAUCCUAUGAUUGUUAGAGAAUUUUAUAUUUGAUUAAAUUGCUUGAAUAAACCUUAGAAAUCUUGAAAGAUAUUUUUGUGAGCUACAUUUUUUCUGUUAAAAUAAGCUCUCACCUUUCAAAUAAAAUCAGAUCAUCUAAAUUUUAUAACUAAUUUGAUUUAUCAAAUGCAACUUAUAUGGAUGUUAUUUGCAAUAUAACUGUAAGAUUUAUUUAGGGUUAAACACCUUUAGAUUUACUUGAAAAUAGAAAAGAAGCACUUUCUAUGAGCUUUGUCUCUUCAGAUGACGAAGAAGAGGGGAAUGAAUAAGCAGAAAAUUUAAAAAAUACCAAAUUAAAUAAUUAAAUUAGUGGAGAUAAUUUAGAAUCUCCUAAAUUAACAUAGAAGUAACAUAGCAAAAGAAAGAGAGAAUAAGCUCAUGAAGAGUAAUUUAGAUUAGAAAAUUAAUAGAUAAACUCUUUAUGCAGCGAAUAUCUUGACAAACUCAUUUAAUAUGCUGAAAACAAAUCUACAGCAAUUAAAAUUCUCAACUUAACAUUAGAAAAAAUUCUAAUUACUUUAAAGUUUUUGAUUUAGAAUAAAAAUUUAGUCAUUUAAGUUGAGCUAAUUAACUUGAUAUAAUCAAUUGUAAUGAAAUUUAAGCAAAUUUGUAAAAAGAAGAGCUAAGCAGAUUAAAUACCAUCUUAAUCUUAAGUUUAACAGCAAUAAUAAAACUAAAAUAGCUUAAUUCAAAAUAAUCAAAAGGUUACUUCAUCAGUUUAAGGAGGAUUUAAAAUUGCAGAAGAAAGUCUUAGAAAUGCAAUUGAAAUGUUUGGCAGUUAGUUAUUUUUUUCUAAUCUUUUAGAAGGUUUUGAACUUUCAGAAGAUCCUUUCGUUAGGAGUAGGUAUAUUUAUGUAAUAACUAUAGGUAUUUGGACUCUAAGUGAUGCUUUUAGCGAAGAAAAUUUAAAAGAUAUAGUAACUCUUAUUUUUGUUAAAUAUUAUGCCGUCCUUAAAUCAGUCAGGAUGUAAGAUAUUAUACAAUCUACAGACUUAACAGAGGAAGGAGAAUUUUCAAAUAACGAAGAAAUUUCAGAUUUAUCGUAAAGUGCUGCUGCUUCUAUUAUUCAAAAUAGCAUCAAAGAGAAUUAUUUUACAAGAGAUAGAGCAUAACAAGGAGGUUAAUAUGAAACAGAUAUGGGAUUUGAAUAUUAAAAAGGGUAUGCUAGAAAUAAAUCAACUAAGAAAAGAACUAUGUUUUUGGGAAAAAAUACCUAAAAUGAUUAAAGUAAUAAAAGCAAAAAAAACUCUGCAUAAAACGCAAAUAGCUAAACAAACUAGAGUUUAUUAGAUGAGAAUAAAGAAUCGAUUUCUGAUUAAAAAAAAAAUAUUAGAAACGAAGAAGAAGAAGAUCAUGAUGAAGAUGAUUACUUAAAAAGUGAAUAAGAAAUGAAUUUAUCUUCUCAAUUUAAAUGCUAAGAAAUUAGAAAUAUUUGUGACUCUAUAAAAUCGAUAUUAAAUUACUUUUUACAGUUUAAGGAUUCAAAUGGAAUGACAUUUGUAUCUCUUUAAAAUAAUUAAUCUCCAACUAAAUCUAUCUCAUAAGCUAUCAAUCAGUAAUAAUAGCAUUAUAAAAUGGCUUCUGCUUUAUAUGACAUCAUAACGCUAAAAUUCCUGAAUAGUAAUGCUCUCAUGUCUAAUUCAAGCAAUAAUAACUCUUAGAAUUAAUAGUAUCAAGAUCGUUUCUCGUACCUCCCAUCAAUAAACAUUUAAAGUAACUCAACAGCUUCCACUUCUACUGCUGCCGAUUCAAGAUCUAGUAGUUCUUCUUAAACUAAUCUUGAUCCUUUAUCUCAAUUAAAUUUCCAAUGUUUGAAAGAGAAGUAACACCCUGUAGCAUGCAACUUAAUUAUGCUGGAAUUACCAAAUCUGAUUACUUCUUACCUGAAUUGCUGGAGCUUGAGCAGUAAUACAGAUUCGAAUCUAAUUUUUAAUAGGUAAGGUACUAAAUUUUACAACUUCUCCUAAUUUGAGGGCUACAAUUAAAGGCUAUAAAAAAUAUUAAAUUACCUGUCAGAUUCAAAUAAUGAUUUCCUCUUUCAGGAUUUGAUAAAAGUUGAAAUUCUAUCAGUAAUCUAUCCCCUGAUCCAAUAGUUCCCCAUACAAACCCUUCAUGCUUUCUUGUAAAUUUGGAUUCAUCAGUGUGAUUCAUCUUUCUUUGUCCCUUACAGCUAGAGAGAUAGAAGUUAAUCUGCAAAUAUAUUUUAAAUAAACUAAGCUGCUAACAAUAUCGUAUGUUAAGACAAUUAAGAAAAAGUAAUGACAAAAAUUUUGGAAAUCAUUAGCUAUAUGAAUGUGAAAAUAGAUUAUAUAAUUACCAGUUUAGCUAAGUCUCCAACAAUUCAGUCUAUUAGAAACUAUUACAUCUAAAGGUUGUAAAUGCCUAAAGAUUAAGCUCUAAUUAAUUCACAAAUAGCAUAGCAAGAGUCUUAAAUUCUAUUUUUUUUAUUUGAGCUUAUUUCUUAUUAAUAUUUAGAUCUUACAUCAUCACAGAAUCAGUAAAUAAUAUCUUCUUUCUGGUUCUAAUUGGUAGCAUUUUUAUCAACCUUCAAUACAUCUAAGCAUCCCACUACAUGCAUAUGGGUUUUAGAUAUUGUUCUUGCUGCAUCUAGGAAAUACAGUCCCAAAGAAAUUUUAAAUGAAAAGAAUAUCCGUCAAGAUCUCCAUGAGCUUAUUAAAAUCCAUUUGACAAAUUUAGCAAACUUUUCGAUAUAGAAAAUACAAUUUAACUCUACAACUGAGAGAAAUUUUACUUAACGUUCAUCUGUCAAGCAACCUCAAAAAUCUCAAGCAGCUGAUUAACCAUAACAACAACAACAACAACAACAACAACAACAACAACAACAACAACAACAACAACAACAACAACAACAACAACAACAACAACAACAACAACAACAACAACAACAACAACAACAACAACAACAACAACAACAACAACAACAACAACAACCAUUCUUUGAACUUUUUGCUCCUUUUUCUCCCACAAUAUACGAACUAUUUGAUAAUUAUUAGAGGAAUUUUAAUACGAAUUAAACACAAGAUCUACAUAGCUUUGAUGGAAACAUUAGUUUCAGUAAUAGUGAUGGUUAAAAAAUUUCAAAUUAACAACAAACUGAAUCUAAUUUACUAAACUCGAACCCUAUCUACUACGAAAUAGAAAAAAAUCUUUUCCAAAUUAACCAAUCUACAAAUUAAAAUUAGACAGAGGAGUUAACUUUAGAAGAAAGAAGAAGCUCUUUUUGUAGUAACUACUCAUUUUCUUCUUCUUCAGCUAAUUCUCAUCCUCUCUUAACAAGAGAUUAAUAUUCUUUCAAAAUUAGUCUCUUAUCAUAUAAAGCUCUGAGAUCUUUGCUUUAUGAAGUCCUUCAGAAUUGCUUUGAUAGUUAAUAAAAAAUUUUAUAAACUGCAAAAGACAUUCUGGGUACUGUAAUUACUAAAGCCUUUUCAGAAAAGAAAAAUUCAAGCCACCAACUGAUUUUAGUAGAAUGUGCAAGUGAUUUAUGCAACAAACUUCUCACUUAAUCUCCAGAUUUUAUUAUGAAAGAAUUCAGAAAGAACUUGCUUGAAAUAUUUACAUCGAAUGAUUUCUUUAAGUGCAAUAUUAGAAUCCUAAACUACUGGAGAAGUAUUAUUAAUUGGCUUGAUGAAAGUGGAAAUCUUUUCACAGAAUUCUUUGAACGUGAAAGUUUCUUUUAAAGUUUGCUUAGUAAGAGUGAAGAAACUAAUUUAAAGAUAAGAAAAUUUUAGAGAAUCUGCUUUAUAAUAUACAGUGGUCGCUAAGAUAAGUAUCAUAAACAGCUAACUUUGCUGUUGGAAAACAUAGGAGAUAUAAUUAAAAACAUUUAAAAUUAAAGUCAUGAGUUAUUAAUUUUGGUUCUGUUCUGCUUACGUAUUCUAAUAUUAAGACUAAGUCCCAGAGUAUUAAAUGAAUUGCUUAGAAAUACUUGGCCGAUUUUAUUAACUCUUUUGCUUCAAAUUUUUGACAAAAAUAAUAAACUGUAAAGCUCAUCAUAAUAUGCAAAUUAAAUUUUAGGUAGUACCUUCACUUCAUCAUAAUAAACUAGUACUUCCUAAAGCCCUAUAAAUCCAAAUUUAGUCUUAGCUGCACUCAAACUGAUUGAGCAAAUAUCUUAUGUCUAACUAGAAGAAUUCUAUUUACAUCAAUGGAUGUUUUUAUUAGACUAUUUUGGAAUUUAGAUCUAAGCUCAUGAUGGAUAGCUUAAUAACAAUAGUUAGCAUCCAUCUACAAACAAUAAAUUCAAAGGAUAAAUUAAUUAGAUCGCUUAAAAUACUUCUAUAAGUGAAGAAAAAUUAAUAUCCCCAUUUAGCACAGUUCCUCUACUCACUAGCUAUUUCCCCUCUCUCCACAAAGUAGAUUACCAAAAUAAACUACUAGAAGAUGAUGUGUCCUCUGAUGUAUAGAAAAAAUCUAGAAAGAUAAUAUUCACUUAAUCUCAUGUAGAAGACAUUGAAGAAAUAUAGAGUAAAAUAUUGUUCUUCUGUUAGUAUAUAAUAAACUUAAAUCAACAAAGAUGGAAUGUUGACUUGAAAUAAUUAGAAUCUAUAAUAGAGUGUGAUUUCAUAGAUUUCGAUUUAUAUAUUUAUCGCUAAGACAAGAGUGCAAACAAAAAAUAAUAUCAAAUAUAACAUUUAUGA